AUGACGGAAAAGGACGUCUUUGUUAUAGUGUAUAAUGCAAUGAGCUUAGUCUUUAUACGAAACUUGCCGGAAGGAAGUAUUCUAGUAAAAGCUAUAAAACUUAUAUUAACAUCGGACUGGGUCCUUCUAAGCCUCCUUGGGAUUAGUACUGCCUUGUUAAGCUUUGGUAUGGAUGCAGUUUCCGACAAACUGAUAACUGAGAACUAUUUAUUAAUAGUGCAUUCAAAAUUUAUUCUGAAUUUAAGCAACAAAUAUAUAUUAAAAUAUUUGCUUUGGGUUGCUUGGCCAAUAUUUUUGGCGUCAGCUUCAAUUCUGUGGACUCAUUUCCUUUCAAAAAAUGCAAUAGGGUCUGGAAUUCCUGAAGUAAAAACUAUUUUAUUGGGCAGUGAUAUUAAAGGUUUUCUUACCUCAAGAGCUCUUUUGGCCACUUCAUUUGGACUUUGUCUUGCAGUUGGAAGUGGCCUUCCCGUUGGAAAAGAAGGGCCGUUUGUGCAUAUCGCGUGUAUAAUAGCUAAACUUUUGCUUUCUCUUCCGUUAUACAAGCAAUUUCGCAAGAAUAAAUCUUUUCUUCGCGAUACUUUGUCGGCAGCUUGCGCUGUUGGCGUGUCAAGCACCUUUGCUGCGCCCAUUGGUGGAGUUUUGUUCAGUAUUGAAGUAACAGCAAUAUAUUUUCCCGUGCGGAACUACUGGCGCGGAUUUUUUGCGGCAGUUUCUGGUUCAAUAGUCUUCAGAUUUUUUGCGUUCUGGUUUGCAGAUGAGAGAACUAUCACGGCUGUUUUUACCACCAAAUUCGAUCGUUUUCCUUAUGAUGCUCAGGAGCUCUUAGUUUUUCUACUUAUAGGAGCCUUCUCAGGCUUGUUUGCCGCGUUAUUUAUAUGCCUACACGCUAAAGUGGUUGAGCUCCCAAAAACUUUGAAUUUUUUUUCUGUCAAAGACCUAAAAAUAGCGAACUUCUUAUAUUCACUGUUGAUUGUAAUCGUUAUCAGUUCUCUUAAGUUUCCUCACUUAUUAGGGCCUUACAUGGGGCUCCCCUCAAAGGAAGUUAUAGACCAGUUAUUUGAUGAACAUUCGCUUGCCCAACAAGAUAUUUGGAAGUCACCAAACAUUUUUGCUAGCUUGUUUCUUUACUUUCUAUUGCAUUUUGUAUUUACUGCUUUCUCGGUAUCGCUUCCAUUUCCUGCUGGUGUUUUUGUCCCCGUAUUUACUAUUGGUGCUACUUUCGGUCGGCUGGUCGGUGAGAUUAUGUUAGCACUCUUUCCUAAUGGCAUUCAUAGUGAUGAAGAGAUUGGGAACAUAAUUCCUGGCGGUUAUGCAGUUGUUGGAGCGGCAGCAUUUUCUGCAGCGGUAACGCAUACUAUUUCAACGUCCGUUGUUGUAUUUGAGUUAACUGGUCAGAUAACUCAUAUAAUACCCGUAAUGUUGGCGGUUCUUAUUGCUGACGGGCUAGCACACGCACUUAAACCUAGUUUUUACGAGAGUAUGAUAAAACUGAAAAAGUUAUCAUAUUUGCCCAGUAUAUCAGGCUUUUAUAAAGGUCACCAUAAGUCAGCGGGGGAAGUAAUGAGGAAAGUUGAGUUUUAUAUUGAUGAAAACGCGACCAUCAAACACAUUUCGUACCUUCUUCAAAAUAGCAGUUUAUUGGACUAUCCACUUGUGACAUCCAAUUCCUUGAAUUUAAUUGGCACUAUAACAAGGCAAGCACUUGAAAACGUAAUUAAACUUAAAGUAAAGAGGCCUUUAAAAAAUGACUAUCGCUCUUACUGCAAUGAAACUGAUGAAAUGUUAUCAAGUGAGUCAGUUAUUGAACGAUCAAUUAAUUCGGACGACGAUAUUUUUAAUGAAACUUUAGACCUUUCUCUUGUCGAAAUAGAUGAUGCACCUAUCAGUAUUACGACCUCCACACCUUUGCUUAAGAUCCACCAAUUAUUUGGCGUUAUGAAUGUCACAGAAAUUUACGUAACCAAUUGCGCUACUCUCAUUGGAGUGAUAACUCUGGACGAAUUGGCUUCUGUUAUUAAAAAUUAGAUUACUUUACUGAGCCAUAACAAGGAAGCAUCAGGAUUUGAGUUAUAAACCUGUUGUCCCCAUUACUUGGACAACAAAUGCUAUUAAAAAUUUAUACCUAAAUAAAAACU